AAUGACUGAAAGGCAAGCUUUGCCGCAGUACUAUUGAUGGAUGACAUAAGCAAUUAAUAGGCGUCGUUCAGACUCUGUCCUUCGAAUGUUGGAACAUGGCAAGUACACCGGAAUGGACUUCAUUGCCAACUGUACUCUUCGACGGAUUGUUACCCAAGCUCGCUAUGGUGCUUGAGCUCACCCAAAAAGCAGAAGGGACUGCAACUCCUGUAGCCAAACAAGCACUGCUGCAUGCGACGAAUGAUUUCAAACAUGCACUUACUCAGGCGAAAGAUUAUGCAAGCACACUUGCAGGAGGUGACCUCUUAGUGGAGGAGCAGGACAGUGUAGUCGCAAUGCUCGAGAUGCUGAAGCAGCACAAGCGGCAGCAAUUAAUACAAUUUGCAUUGGAGGUUGGAUCUUUGUCUACUAUCGCAAUCUCCAAUGUCAGUUCAAAGAUGGAGAUUGAUUCUACUGCUUCAACCCCAUUUGCUUCUGGUGGUCAAUUAUGAUACAGGACUCAGGAAGCGCCGACUUUGUCGGCACAAACUUUGCUUGUCUUUGGCGGGUGCGAUUUUAUGCUCUUGAAGGUCUCUUUGAUGUGCUGCUGGCCUGCCUUACUGUUUUUGCGUGGCACAUUAUAUAUGU